AUGCUUGAAAACAAGAGAGAGCGGUUGAAAACCUUCCUCCGCAAGAUUGACGAGAAGGCCAUUGUCAGAAUCAAGCACUUCAUGAAAGAGAGCAGCUACCCAGUAGAAAGCAGUGGUGGAGGUGUGCCAGCCAAAGUCAAGAAGAGCAGGAGCACCUCAAGCAAAGAUACAGUCAAAAAAGUGGAAGCGAGGAAAACGUUGAGUCUUGAGGCUGCUCAGCUGGAGAUUCAAGAGCAGCACAAAACCCUCACCAGACAGUUGGCCAUCAGAUCGCAGACCUUUGACGUCGACUGUAGAAGCUUCGAAAGGACUCAGGGAAGCGGCAGCCAAAGUAGUUUUAUAAAGCACAAUGUGACAUUCCACAAAUUGUUUCCAGACAUUCCAGAAAGUGAAGACUUGAUACAUGCAUACAUCUGUGCCCUACAAAAGGAAGUGCCCUACCAUGGUCGACUCUACAUUACCAAUAGCCAUGCCUGCUUCCACUCCUCUGUUCUACUCAAGGACACCAAGGUAGUGAUCCCCGUCUCCUGCAUUCACAUUGUCAAAAAGCAGAACACUGCUUUGUUGGUGCCAAACGCCUUGUCAAUCCGAACCACAGAGGGAGAAAAGUUCUUGUUUGUCUCGUUACGGAACCGAGAAGCAUGUUAUCAGUUGCUGCACUCUGUGUGUCCUCAGCUUGAGGACCGCAGCACCAACAGUAGCCCAGUCAUCUCAUCAGCUGAGCAUAGCUUUGAUAAGAACAAACUUGUGAACUCCAGCCAGUCCAGUCUAGAUGGCAGCUUUGAACAAUUCGAUGGUUCUGAGUCGCAGUCAUUACAGGACAAACCUCUGUACAUUACUCACAAAGAAACUGCACUGCCUAAUGGAAAAGGAUCCACUUUCAAGAGCCUUCAUGAGCAGCAAAGUGAGAGCUCAUCUUCGGAGGAGGAGCUGUCAGUUUCAGUUGCAGGUGGCUCGUGGAUUUGGAAUGUGACGGAGAAGGCCAAGUCUCUGCUGGUUCAGAGAGAGGCCAGCACACUCAACACGCUGCUCUUCAUUUACUUGAUUCUGGUGGUGGUGCUGCUGCUUUCCUCGGGCUACAUUGGGUUACGUAUUGUGGCCCUGGAGGAACAGCUUACGUCACUCGGCGCACUGCCCGAGUUCACCCUACAAAGCGGAUACCGCCAAGACACAUAA